AUGCUUGAACCCUUGUCUUCAGAGAAGGGAUGGGAACUUCUUUGUAGAAAGGCAUUUGGCUCUGACGGCUGUUGUCCUCCAAACUUGACAGAAUUAUCGGAACUUGUCGUUGGAAAAUGUGGAGGUCUUCCUCUAGCAAUUGCUGCGAUAGGUGGGCUUCUCUCAAGAAAAAACAAGAUUGUUUCUAAAUGGAGAAAUAUGCUAGAUAGUUUGGGCUCAAAAUUAAGCAGUGAUUCCCAUCUUAGUGAUUGUAACAGAGAUUUGUCUAAAGGUUAUUAUGAUCUUCCUCACCAUCUCCAGUCAUGUCUCUUAUACUUUGGUGCUUUUCCAAAAGGCUGCGAAAUUAGAUUUGGGAAAUUAAUUCGCCUUUGGAUAGCUGAAGGCUUUGUCCAACGCAACAACGACCUUCCAUCUGAGCAUGUUGCUGAAGAAUACUUGAAAGAACUUAUUAACAGAAGCUUGGUUCAAGUUUCAAUGAGAAAAGCUUCUGGACAAGUUGGAAGUUGCAUAGUUCAUGAUCUGAUAUAUGAGAUCAUUCACAGAAAGACGAAAGGAAUGUGA